UGGUGGGUUUUACUCGGCGUGUCCUCGGCCAGCAGGAAGGAGCGCAAACCUGUCGGAGGAGUUCACACCUGGGACACAGGACGCGUCUCGUGGGAUCCAGCGCCGCACUUUUCUAUGCGCGCGUGACAAUGUAGCGAUCUCUUUGCAGCAAACGUCUUCUUUUAGGAUCGGAAUACAGAAUGUAGUUUAUUCCAGGACACCCCAAAACGGCUUUUGUGAUUUUCAAGAUGCAGCCAUAAACUGUUUUUCGAGGUGAAGGAGUUUAUUUUUUUUCAGUCCAACUCUUCGUGCCGAGAUGGAAAGCAGCGCACCUUGAGCGACCGGACGAGAUGGGAAAAUGGGAGCUGACAAUGAACCCAGUGCAGGAGUGGGGAGAGGAGUUUGAGGACGGCGCGGUAUAUGGGGUCACCCUGCUCCGGGAGCCCGUCCCUUCCUCCCCCGACCCCAGUGAGGAGAGUGCGUGCUGCGCCUUCGUGCAGUACCGAACCUGCAAGGUGCGGCGUCUGAAGGCGGCUACCCUUGAGCUCCUGGUAAACCACCUCCUCGGCCCCGGCACUCAGGAGCAGGACUACAGCAGGAUCUUCCUUUCCACGUACAGAACCUUCACCGGUACCUCGAAGCUUAUAGAGCUCCUGUUCCAGAGAGACAACAUUGUCUCCGAUCUGGACAACAGUGAAUCCUACACGAGCCCUCUGUUGGCCUUUGUCCAGACAUGGUUGGAUGACUACUGUGAGGACUUCAGGGAUCCUCCUUUGCACCCGGCACUCAGGCUGCUGUUGGACCACCUUAGGAUCAGCUCCGCAGUUUACAACAAUAUGCGCAGUCAGCCCAACUUUAGCUCCUUGGCUGGGCAAGCUGAGGAACUGCUCAAGAGGUUACAGAUAGAAGCAGAAGUUGAGAAAAAUGUCCGUCCUGCACAGCAAGACAUGGAGCAAGAUGAGGAGGUUACUGAUGAUGAGGAUUCAGGAUUGGAAGUCUCUCAUGAUCCAGGAGGCAUCUUGGAUUUCCCUGCAUUAGCCAUUGCUGAACAGCUUACCCGAAAGGACUCUGCUCUGUUUGUCAAAGUGAUGCCAUACCAGUGUCUGGGCUGUGUGUGGUCAAAAAGAGACAAGAAGGAAAACAUGUCGCCAACCAUACGAGCCACCGUUACACAAUUCAACGACGUCACCAAGCAGGUCACCAUGUCCCUUCUCUGCCAGCCGGCAGACGCAACCUCCAGCCCCACCUCCUCCCGCCGGCCUCCCACUACACCCGCUCACAGGGCUCGCAUCAUAGAGAAGUGGAUCUGUGUAGCCCAGGAUUGUCGUCGGUUGAAGAACUUCUCCUCUCUCAAGGCGAUCCUGUCGGCCCUUCAGUCUAACGCAGUUUACAGGCUGAGGAAGACCUGGGCUGCUGUCAGCAGGGAUAGCAUAGCCGUGUUUGAUAACCUCUGGCAAACCUUCCCUGAUGAGAACUGUGUUCUGACCAACAGAGAGCUCCUGGUGGAGGACGGGGGCCAAGCAAACGUGGAUAAAACCUCGCCAAAGACAUCCAAGCGGUGUCCGAUCCAAAGACAGAUGAGCACCUGCAGCGGGGUGGUUCCAUACCUGGGGACAUAUCUGUCCGUCUUCAACAUGCUGGACACCGCGCACCCCGACACAGUGCGGGGCGGCCUCAUAAACUUUGAGAAGAGGAGGAAGGAGUUUGAGGUUCUGUCACAGAUCAGUGUGCUUCAGGCCUGCUGCUCCCAGUACAACCUGCCCCACAGCCCCGGAAUCGCUGCCUGGCUGCGGGGACACAAGCUGCUCAGCGACCAGGAGAGCUACGAACUGUCCAAACAGCUGGAGCCUCCCUUGGACUUGUGUUCUCCGACUCCCUGGAGCCACCGCGCUCUCUCAAAGAAGCUCUCCUCUCUUCUGACGGUGAGCGAUGGACCUAAAAAAGUCUGUGCGGACGAGAUCAGCGUUUCGUCCUCUGGAUCCAGCGGAUCCGAGACGGAGGAUCUGUCCUCCCUUAACGCGGCCUGCUCCAUCAGCGUGCAGUGCUUCCACAGCUCUUGCAACAAUGUGUCCGAAGCCUUCUGCUCCCCCUCGUCCUUCUCGGCAUCGUCCCCCUCCUGCUCCGCCGCCUCCUCCCCAGACUCCCCCAAUACUUCCAGCUCUUCCUCCUCCUCUUCCUCCUCCGCCUCCGCCUCCGCCUCCUCUCACCACAAGCGCUCGGCGUCCAUGACCUCGCUGCCCGUGUACAACCGUCAGGUGGCUGACUCCUGCAUCGUCCGGGUAAGCGUGGACCUGGGCCACAACAACGGCAACAUGUACAAAAGCAUCCUGUUGACCAGUCAGGACAAAACUGCGCAGGUGAUCGUAAGAGCGCUGGAGAAGCAUCACCUUGAGCACAUGAACUGGCAGGACUUCACUCUGACUCAGGUCAUCUCUACGGAACGAGAGUUGCUCAUACCCGACAAAGCCAACGUGUUCUAUGCCAUGUCCACGCUGGCCAACUUUGACUUUGUUUUGCGGAAGUUCCAUAAAGGCCAGAAGAAACCGCUGAGGGCCACGUCCAGUCUGGGGCGGUACGCAAAGUAGCACCUCUAGGCUACCGAUCCUGGAAGAUGAACUGAGCUGAUGGGACUCUCCUUGAAGAAUGGUCUUUGUUUUAAUGGUCCCUUUUAUGGAAGAAAAGAGCCUUCUCCAAGAUGGUUCAUCUUUGUUCAUUGGGAUACCGAAGAGGUAAAAAUGUGAUGUUUUUUAUGGUAAGAUAACGCAAAUGCACUUUAAGAAGAAAGUUCACCUCAACAGAAAAUGGAUGCUUGGAGAAACAUCUGGAUCAGACCAUUGGCAUGACCUGGUAGGAAUCCUAAAAAAAGUCAACCCAUUGCAUGAUCCCCCUCCGCCCCCCUCCCCCAGAAAUAUGUUCCCAAAUGCCUUUAAGUGCAUAGCGCUGCUAGAUGUCAACGCGUGUCUGCUUCGGUGACCUAACAUGAACGCUGAGAAAUGUCCGCCGAUGCAGCUGGGCGCCAAUAAUAACCUGUGUGUUAAAAAUAAAAAAAAACGCCAACGGUAAUGAACUCCUGGGCCUGACUGCCAGCCACUCUGGAGGUGAAGCGUGCCAUCUUGGAAGUGGGAGGGGACGCUGCCAACGGCGUGAUCCUCGUGUGAGGCGAGCAGCCCCGACUGGACGGGUGGCAUUCCUGUGUCGGGGUUACCAUGGCGGCGGCAGCAGCAGCAGAGACUUUUGAUGGACGGGACGGGAUGUUCAGAUGUCUCUAGAUAGCACAACAAUAAGGGGUGAACAGAGUCUAGAAAAAAUAAUAAUAAUAUAUUCUGUGGUUCAUUUGGACUGCGCCUUCAUUUGAUUCAACUGAUCAGUGGUGGUAAAAUCAUUUUAGAGAAGCCUUAUAUUCUGAGGAUAUUUUAAAUGUUAAUGACAUAUUUAAAAUUGCAAGAAUGCUUGUUGUUUAUGUUUUAUUACUGAAAUUGUAUUAAACAAAUAUGGUUUAGACUUGUAACUCCUGGAUGUAAUUUUAAAGUUUAGAUGUGAUCAUUUCAAUGACGUGAACUGACUCUCUGCUGAGACGGCAGAUAGGAUAACGUUCAGACAGCCGGCGCUUGCAAAGAGGAAGAGGUGCACGUCAAACGGACGCUGUCACGGAGCCUCGCUGAAAGGCGCAGCGUAAAGAAACAGACGUCACUUUGACCUCCUCUUCCUAAUUAGCUCAUGCAGAUCUGGGGCGUUGAAAGUGUUAAAAACGGUCUUUUAUUGCUCUUAAUCAAACUUAUGAUCAAGGAAUUAACUGUCACAGUUGUAAAACAAAGUGAAAUAAAUGGUUUAAUAACCUUUUCCGUCCUAGUUGACUGGUUUCUGCCAUGAAGCUCAAUGUAGCCUGUCAGAGGUUAAGCGUUUCCAUCGUGCAAUAUCAAAUUAUGUUAGCAUCAGUGUUGUGACAAGAAGUUUUUUUCUGUAUGUUAUGUUAUGUUAUGUUGACAUUGGGUUUUUUGUCAUAUGAGAGCUCAUGUUAUUUAUUUUUUUCUCCCAAAUGCCAACACAAUUUGUAACAGACCUGAAAUUAUUAAAUGAUGAAAUACAAUUUAAAAUAAAAUGCAUUGAAGAUAUUGUUAAAAAAAAACUGGUAAUAUAGUUGGAAAAUUAAGAUUCAUUUAGAUGCUUUUUCUGGAUUUUUUGAUCACUUCACGGCAUCUUUCAACUUUUUUUUUUUAAUGGAUUUGCUAAGUUGUAUUUGAUAUUUCAUGUCUAUUUGAUUAAUAAACAGCUUUACAUUU